UUCACUGAAAUCAGUCUGCUAGCCUACAAAUGCUGUGGUAAUAAAACCAAAACAGUGAGCUGAAAGAAACUGCAGUGCUGAUUCCCUUUCACAUUAAACAGUCAUUUAAUGCACUGUUAUUACAGCUUUGUGUUUUAAAGUCUUAGGGAGCAUAGAAAUGUCUUAAAACCAUUUCUCUGCUUCACCUUUGGGCCCCCUCCCAGUGUGCCCCCUGGUGGAACCCCACCACCAGCAAGGCAACAUUAUGCGGACAUUUGCCUCUAGCUCUACUGUUCUUGCAAAAUGCUAAGAUUGAACGCCAAAGCACAGACCACGUGCAUUUCCUGUUUUGAGGAGGACAGAGCACAAUCCCAGUGGCCUCCUCCGCAAGGCCAGCAGCGUGUCACUCCGGAGCGGCUUCAUCGUGCAGUGUACCUUUAAAGGGUUGCACUCUGCGGACUACGCUUUCUCAGCACCUGAUUGUUCCCCUACUCGGCUCAGCUGUGUGUUUACCUUCCUGCAGUGACAUGGCAUAGAGUCGGAGCGCUGUCAGCAGCAGUAGCAUCCCGCACUAUGGACGCUCUCCGACGGCAGAAGCGGAGCAGAGUCUGCGCCGCGCUGGACGCAGUGAUGCCCGUGUGGGUAUUACUGAACAUGGUGUCAGGACUGACGGCGGAAGACGAUGCAAUGGAAGAACUUGCCACCGAGAAGGAGGCUGAGAAAAGUCACCGACAGGACAGCGUUAAUUUGCUGACAUUCAUUUUACUGCUGACCGUAACCAUUCUCACCAUAUGGCUCUUCAAACACAGACGGGUCCGGUUCCUUCACGAAACCGGACUGGCAAUGAUUUACGGUUUGCUGGUAGGUGUGAUUCUGCGGUACGGCAUCCCUGCCACCAGCUAUCACAACAAGACGCCCCCAAGCUGCUCGCUGAAGAACGGACCUACCAGCACCCUGCUGCUCAAUGUCAGCGGCAAGUUCUUUGAGUACACCCUGAAAGGGGAGCUCAACUCCAGAGAGAUUCACAAUGUGGAGCAGAAUGAUAUGCUGCGCAAGGUGACGUUUGACCCUGAAGUGUUCUUCAAUAUAUUGCUGCCUCCUAUUAUUUUCCAUGCUGGCUACAGUCUAAAGAAGAGACACUUCUUCAGAAAUCUGGGCUCCAUCCUAAUGUAUGCAUUUCUUGGCACUGCCAUCUCAUGUUUUGUUAUCGGGAAUCUGAUGUAUGGUGUGGUCAGACAGAUGCAAGUGAUGGGACAGCUAGCUGACAAGUUCUACUACACAGAUUGCCUUUUCUUUGGUGCCAUUAUCUCUGCUACAGACCCGGUGACGGUGUUGGCCAUCUUUAAUGAGCUCCAUGCAGACGGGGAUCUCUACGCACUGCUGUUUGGAGAAAGUGUUAUGAAUGAUGCAGUUGCCAUUGUGCUUUCCUCGUCUAUUGUGGCCUACCAGCCCAGUGGAGCUAACUCACACAUGUUUGAUGCCUCAGCCUUUUUUAAGUCAGUGGGGGUUUUCAUUGGUAUUUUCAGCGGCUCCUUUGUAAUGGGUGCAGCCACAGGAGUCGUCACUGCUCUCGUCACCAAGUUCACCAAGCUGCACUGCUUCCCACUGCUGGAGACGGCCCUCUUCUUCCUCAUGUCCUGGAGCACCUUUUUGCUUGCCGAGGCCUGUGGGUUCACAGGCGUCGUGGCUGUGCUGUUCUGUGGCAUCACACAGGCUCACUACACCUACAACAACCUCUCUGAAGAGUCUGCAAAGCGCACCAAGCAGCUCUUUGAGGUCCUUCACUUUCUGGCUGAGAAUUUCAUCUUCUCCUACAUGGGCUUGGCUCUGUUCACCUUCCAGAAUCAUAUUUUCAGCCCCUUUUUCAUAUUUGGGGCCUUUAUUGCCAUAUUCAUUGGAAGAGCUUUGAACAUUUACCCGCUCUCCUUCCUCCUCAACCUCGGCCGAAGGCACAAGAUCAGGGGGAACUUCCAGCAUAUGAUGAUGUUUGCAGGUUUGCGAGGGGCGAUGGCGUUUGCCUUGGCCAUCCGGGACACGGCUACCUACGCUCACCAGAUGAUGUUCACCACCACACUGCUUAUUGUCUUCUUCACUGUCUGGGUGUUUGGUGGUGGGACCACGCCCAUGCUGUCCUGUCUGCACAUCCGAUAUGGGGACAGAACAAUGUUGCAGGAACAGCGAUGUCAACGUGGAAAGUACUGCAGAGUCGGUGUGGAACCAGAUCAAGACCUGCAGCCGUAUGGAGACAACUUCCAGGUCUUACAGGGGGAUGACAUCCAGGCUGAUGGACAGAGUAAAACCAAACAGGAGAGUGCAUGGCUCUUCAGACUUUGGUACACCUUCGAUCACAAUUACCUGAAGCCCAUUCUGACACACAGUGGUCCGCCUCUCACUUCCACUCUGCCCAGCUACUGUGGGCCAUUGGCAAGCUGUCUGACUAGUCCCCAGGCAUACGAGAACCACGAGCAGUUGAGGAACCAUGACUCUGACCUCAUCCAAAAUGAUGGCGACCUGAGCUUCACGUUUGGUGACACUGCCAUCGUAGCCAAUGGGGCGUCUGGGAGCUCGGGGGAUGGAGCUGGAGGGUCAGAUUGGAGUGUGAAUGGCAAAAGGAGUGGCAGCAACUCAGAGGCAGCACUGGAGCAUGAACUGGACUCUUGUGAGCAUGAGCUGCUGAGCCGUGGCACACGCCUGGUUUUCCCCAUGGAGGAUCACAUCUGACCCUCCCUUCCUCCCUGCCUGCGCUGUCAACCUUCCUGGCCUGACCCCUAGACUGCCUCACCCUCAGCUCUUCUCCAUCCUGCGGGCAGGGAAUCCAGUCCUUCAGAGAUCAGACAGAGCAGCUCUGAGCUCCCUCCAGGCCUGAGAGUGGAGCCCAAGGAGCAUUUAAUCCUCAUUAUAGAGGUGGCGUUCAUUCUCUAGGAGAUGGGUCCUCUAGAAUGUCAGGAGAAAAAUUUUCCAUGCUGUUAUACUAUGAUUCAGUUUUACUGAUCGUUCCCUUUGCAUAAGCAAGAUGCAGGAUGUGGGGGCAAAAUAUGCCCAUGCAAGAUUUAGCCUGCACUUUUAAACUCGUGAUGCUUGUGGAGGAGUGGGAAGGAAGUAGAAAAAUGAAACUGAUCACAUGGUCUGACCAGUUUCUACAGUUCAUCAAUCAUCACUGAUAAACACUCCACAGAGAUGCUGCUGCAGAGGCUCCACAAACCCAGUAGUUUAUAAAUAAAACUGUGUGAGUUCUCUGGUCAGUUUGUACCAUUCACUUGAUGCUGCUAACAAACCAGUGUUCAGUGUGUUUGUGGGGAUCUCUGUGGCAUCACAGAAAAGCAUCGGCAUGGAGGAGACUGUGGCAUGUGAGGAACACAGUGAACGUGUUGCCCUCUCAGCCACCGCAGCCCGUCAUGGAUGAAGAAGCAGGGGGUGAAGAAUGUGAGCAUGUAAAUAGCUACAAUGCCGAGCUUUGUUUUUCUUUAGUGGGACUGCUUCCUUUCAGCGCAUUACAUCUGAUGACUGUUUAAAAAAAAAAAGCAUCUGCGUAUCUUGUCUUUGAGUUGGUCUGGUCUGCAUCCUUUAUGUGUAUUUGACAGGUUUUCACAAUAAGGUGAAUAAGGAACAGUAUUGUUUCUUAUGAGAUGAAUGCUGAUUUCCCAAAACUUUACAAACGGACAUGAUGUGUACACGUUAAUACAUUUGAAGAGCAAUUUCAACACUGCAAAAUAAAUGGCAGGCCUUCAUUAUAAUUUUGAAUCAUUUCCAAAAAUGACCAGAUACAUUAUCAGCAAUCUCUCAAUGACUUUUGCAAUAAACUGUUUUACAUUUCAGUCUAUAAAAUGUCAAAAACUAGGGAACUAUUCCAAGUUGACAUCGUUUAAUUGUGUGUGAUGUCUGGCCAAUGGUAUAAAUCCCCAAAACAUGUAUAUGAUCAUGACAGCUCUUCGCUAUCAUAUCUGACAAAGAUUGGUUGCAGAUUUUUACAGUGGAGCAGCUGGAGCAAAAUAAUGUUUGACAUUUAAAAAAAAAAGAUUGAAAUUUUAAUUCAUCUCAAUUAUUUGACUGUUCAGUUGUUUAACUGUUUCAGCAACAGAAUAAUGAAGCUGGUUGGUCUUGUAAAUCACUACUGUCACUGGGUUUUUAUUUUUACUCACAUUUGUCACAUUCAUUUUCAUUUUGCUAAAUAAUCCAUACCAGUAGACUGACUGUGUAGACAGUGGUACCAUGUUUUUAAACCGUUUUUGGAUAUGAUUUGUCUUAAAGCAGUGGUUUUAAUUGUUUGGGGAAUACUCUUCAA